AUAAUAAUAAUUUUCUGGAUAAGAAAAAUUUCUCAUUGUUGAGGGACACUUCGAAGUACGCCAGUAUGAUGGCUGGUCUGACCACCGCGACGAUGUUUGCCGUCGCCAAAACGACGUUGUCUUUCUCCUCAUUCGAAUCCAAUUUCUUCGGUCACCAUUUUCAUCUCCGUAACCCUAAUAAUUUCUUCCUAGUCUCAAAAACAUCCCCGCACCAUCGCUGCAAUUUCUCUGUCACCGCCCGCUUCGGCAGCGGAGAUGGCCGUGGAGGCCCCCGCUUCGACUCCAGACGGUCCCGAAGGAGCGACUUUGAUGAUGAACAAGCUUUCGAUAUGGAUGGCAUCAGGUCAGCUACUGUGAGACUUAUCGAUGCACAGCAGAAUAUGGUUGGUGUGGUUUCUAAAAGAGAAGCCAUUCAAAUGGCUGAAGAUGCUGAACUUGACCUGGUAAUAUUAUCCCCAGAAGCUAAUCCGCCAGUUGUCAGAAUUAUGGAUUACAAUAAAUAUAGAUAUGAACAACAAAAGAAGAAAAGAGAACAGCAGAAGAAAAGUGCCGCCAACCGUAUGGAUUUGAAGGAGUUAAAAAUGGGUUACAACAUUGAUCAACAUGACUAUACUGUUCGCUUGAAAGCUGCACAGAGGUUUUUGAAGGAUGGUGACAAGGUUAAGGUCAUAGUGAACCUUAAAGGCCGGGAAAAUGAAUUCAGAAAUAUUGCUAUUGAGCUUAUUAAACGUUUUCAGAAUGAUGUUGGAGAGAUUGCCACUGAGGAGAGCAAAAACUUCAGAGUCAGGAACAUAUUUAUUGUUUUGGUUCCAAAUAAGGCUGUUUUACAGAAGACACAAGAACCACCAAAGAAAAAAGAUAAUCCAGUUGCAAAUGAAGUCUCAGCCAGUGUCUGAGGAAACUCUGACGUUCCAGGAGGCAUUUUGCUAGAGAAAAUUGGCUGGUAAUCUUUAUCUGUGCUCUUCAACUGGGUUGAGUCUUGAAGCUUGUGCAUAACAUUAGUGUAAUACAACAUAUUUAUUAGAUUUUUAAUAACAGAAGCAGCCUUUCCAAAUCAUAUAUUGUAACAUUUGAGACAGCAUUUUCACUUUUAAAUAUUUUUUCCUUCUAGCCAA